AUGGAGCCUGAGCUAGUUGCCGCUCGCCACCGUGCUCGCGUCUUGAUGUAUCGUUACAAUACCUCCCCGCCCACUCUAGAUGGACAGGAGAGACGGGAAAUUCUGGCCGAGCUCCUCAACGUGCCUGUGCGUAACCUCGAUACUGUGAUGAUAGAGCCGCCCCUAUAUGUUGAUUACGGGACGAACAUUAAGCUCAAAGGCUCCUUAUACGCGAACUACGGUACUACAAUCCUUGACUGUGCGACUAUUACUAUCGGCACCCGUGUUUCCUUUGGGCCGAACGUCUCGCUCUACGCAGCAACACAUGGCACCAGCGUUAAAGAGCGUCAAACUGAUUUUGAACGCGCCUCAGAAAUAGUCAUUGGUGAUGACUGUUGGAUCGGCGGAGGUGCAAAGAUCCAAGCCGGUGUAGUACUUGGUCAAGGAUGCACCGUUGGUGCAGGCUCUGUCGUUACCAAGAAUUUUCCAGACUGGUGA